AUGGAGGAAAAGAAACGGAUGAUGGAUCAUUUUAUGGCUUUGCAAACCGAAGACUACGGACCGUUUAUCGAACAGCUGCAGCUCUUCAAAUUGGACUUGGGACUUCCUGAGCACACAUCGCCGCAAGAGGUUUUUGCCGCAAUCUGCGAGCUUCCAGGUUUUAACACAAAAGGAACGCUUCCAAAAUUGUCACGGUGGUUUUCAUGGAAUCAAAGUUGUGAAGAACAGGUCCCUGAAUUCAGAGUGUUGAGGAUGGUACUGAAACACUGGCUGGGCCCUGCGGCAGACAAACUUGACCCCAAUGAUGCUGUUUACAAUCGAGAGUUGAAGAUUGGAGUCAAAGCGACACAGAAGUCGGCUGGUACAAAAGAAAAUUUGAGGUCUGAGUUCAGCCGAUUGAAGCAAAACCUUGGCGGUGGAUUGAAGUUGGCAUACUAUCUCAUGAGUGACCGGCUGCUCCACACUGUGCGACUCAUUGCUGCAGCAACCAGGCCAACUUGGACUUGGUAUGCGGACACAGUCAAGUCAGUGAAAUCUGCUGAAGACACAGUGAAGCAAACCACAGAACUUCAGAAGUCAUGGGCGUCAGACAAUCACUUGGUUCAAACUGCGGCAGUGCUGACAGCGCGCAGCCCAGAAGUUGUCAGUUUAUUUGAAGACCCAGAACUUUCGAGAUUCAAAGACUCAGGUGACAAAUUGUUCAAGCUUGUCUCCAACUUGUUGAAGCGCCGGGCCUGGUCAUUUGCCAAGCAGUAUACUGCCCCUCCGGACUGUUAUUCUGCAAUCUUGGGUGGCUCAGUCGCCGAAGCUCAGGAAGCGGUGGCAAUGCUACACCAAGACUUUGAAUGGCUACUUCGCUUGGAAGAAGAAGCAGCUUUGAUGGCGCAAAGGAAGGUUAAGGUCGAGUUGCUUGAGGACUUGUCAAUUUUGAUUAGUCCAUGCAUCCGCUUACUUUUCUUGGCGUUCGAGGAGAAUUCAUUUCACAGAAAUUCCCCAGGAGGCUUGCAUGUGCUGAAAGGGCUUUUGAAGGUCCUACCUGAUUCCAAAAUUGUAGAGGACGCACAUGGAGUUUUGAGGCUGGCAAACAAAAAGUUCAAAAACAGGCGGAUGACAUACAGUAUGAUGCAACACACACUGACACGCAGCAACGUCUUUGACUCACGCAAUAUUGACAACAAAGCCAAAGUCACCAAGGAUUCGUUUGUGCGGGAUUAUCGCGCAGCUUCCGGCAACACCAGGAAAAGGUGA